CUAGCCUUCCCAUCCCCAAAGUGUACAUUCAACCUGGCAAGUUUCGUGGCACUUUUUCAUCUCCUGUGUGUAGCUGACAGACUGGGAGUCAAAGGAUUUCACGUCGCCGGAGAUAGCGAGCUCGUGAUAAGGACGCUGAAUACUCGUACACCUCCCCACGCUGCUCGGCUACGGGCUUGGUUUUUAAAAUGCAGACACAUGGCUGACAAGGUCCGCGUUGCGUCAUGG